AAUUUGCCGCGGCUACCCGCUGUCGGUCACGUCGCGGGUUAUUAAUUCGCCUAUAUCCGUGUAAAUUCUGAGGUGUCGCUGAAUUGAUCGUCAUCUAUUCAAGGGGGGUAAGCCGCUGAGUGCCGGAAAUUCUUUCGCUUAAACAUCGAAUAUCUAUUUUAUCUUAAAGAAAGAAAAACCAAAGUGAAACGUAAGGAUGAUAUCUGUGUCUUAGUCGCGAUGGUGAGAAUACGAUGAUCACCAAGAUUUUCUGUCUUUCGUGUUCGCUGUGGAUUUAGAACUUCCCUUUACGGCGAUUACGGCAGUCUUCAGGAUGCAAGAAAGAAAAGGGGAGUGCAAUCACGAAACAAACGAGUGAUCUCAACGAUGACUGUUUCGCUCGAAAAUCGCUCAAUAUUCCCGAAACUGAAACCGGCGCAGCUAUUAUUCGUAGUCACGUGAUCUCGGACUGGGGAGGAUAUUCAAAAAUCCAACUUUUAACUUUCAUUGUAUAGCAGAUUUUCAUUUCUUAUGAAGACAAUAGAACAAAUGCUAGAAGAGCGACAAGGAUGACUAUAACCCCUAAUACAGCCUUUGUUUCUUAUCCUGUGAUCAUUCCGGAUGGGAUAUAAUUUCAUGUCUCAAUUAGUUCACAUAUUAAUUUUCCUCCUCCCCCCAUCACGACGAAGGUAAACAGAACAGUGCCCCUCUCUAAUCCAUCCCUCACCACUAAUCGCGGGACGACGGAACGGGGAUGAUUGCGUCCGGACUUUUCGAUUCUGAUUGCGGAAUUAGUGGAAUUUUGUUGCCGACGUCACGCGAUUGAGAGUGUUCUAUGAUUUUCUGUGAACAGAACUCUUGGAAUUCUCCAUCGUGUUUUACGUGUGUGUAUGUGUUCGUGUGUGUACGAGUUUCUUUUUCGCAGAAUCCCAGGAAGCAGUUUGCAGAAUCUCAACGACGAUUCUUCAGUUGCCAUGUUCGAGAUUGAUGCAGAGUUUGAAGAUACCAAACUAGAGAAUGUUUUGCAGCAGAUAUUCAAGGAAUGCGAUGCUUCAAGCACGGUUCUUGACUCGAUGGUGCCCAUGAACAACGCGGUGUCGGUCUCCAGAAUUGUCGAAUACAUUCAGGAUCGGUUGCCGACUUGGUCAAUCGAUGAUUUGGCGGAAUUAUGGAAGUGUUUGGUUGCAAUAUCGACGAACGGUUGCGUGAAUUUGCAUCAAUUCAAGGAAGGGACGAAGCAUUGGAUCAUCAAGAUGCAACAGGUUCAACCUACACAGAACAGCAGUAACGAUACCCGGGAGGAACUCGUCCUCCUGAACGACGCAGAUUCUUCGAUGAAAAUCAUGGAUAAAGAUAUCAUGGAAUUUGAGCUUCGUGUGAAACUUCGGGAACUCCAUGAAGAGAACGUUGUCCUUCGAGACGAGCUCGAGCGACAAGAAGGCUUAAUCGACAAUCUCAAACAACAACACAGCAUUACUGAAAAACAGCUAGAGCGUUACAUUCAGAAAUGUCACCAACUUGAGAAGGAGAAUGACGAACAGAGAGAUCAAUUAAACGAGUUGAUUCAAAGCGACAAGACUAAGACUAUGAGCCUUCAAAGUUACACGAAAGAGCAUCAGAGUCUGUUGAAAAAAUUGGAAGCCGCAGAGCUCGAGAUGCAAGUUAUACCAGUUUUAAAAGAAAAAUUGGAGAAAAUCAGCAAAGAAAAGAUGGAAUGUAUAAGACAAUUCACCAGAAUGCAAGAGGAAUUAGACGAAAAAGAAAACGAAUGUAAACAAUUAAAAACUACAAUAACUGAACUGACGGAUUCAAAUCUUAACAUGAAGGAGACCUACGAAUAUACAAUUCAUAAUCUACGUGAGAAGAAUCAUUCGCUUGCUGAUGAAAAUAUGGAACUGCAAUCAUUAUCGGCUGUUCAUGAAAAUUCUAUCGGAGAUAGAUUCUCGACGUCAAUAAUUUCGGAUAUGGAUGUAUCCCGCAUGCAUAGCACACCUUAUAAAAAAGUGUUAUUAGAAGAUUCAUUGUAUGCGGAAUUGAAGGCUUCAUGUCUUACAGACGAACUCCUAUAUAGCAGAAAUUCCUACAGACAAGAACUCCAAGAGGAACUAGACGAAUACAACGCCGCGAUUUUUACGACGAUGGAACAGCUAGAAAAAGUUAUACAGAUUUUUAUUAUGAUGCGAAACUCCACUGAUAAUAUACCCGAGUUUAACCUGCAAGACACAGACACGAGAGCUAACAACGUCGACAUAUUGAAACGCAAAGCAGCUUUUCUACUGAAUAUGGCGACAGAAGAGAUCACGAGGAGAAACACGAGGAGAGAUUCAAGCACACAGCUUCGAGCUGACUACCCGGCAAACGCAAACGAUAGUUUGAAUGAAUUUGGCAUCAGGAGUUUUCGGGAUCUGUUGUCGGCAACCCGACUGUACCCAAAGGCUGAGACGGAUUUGCGAUCGAUAACUUUGCGCUGCAUGAACGAAGACGAUCGCGAGGAAGACUCGUUCUUAAGAAUUAUAAAAACGUAUGCGGGCGUUCAAAGUCGAUUCCGCAUCGUUGAACCCAUCAUCGAAGAGUUACACGACAUUAUUGAGAGCCUUGACGCUCUUGCCAAUCGUAAAGAUCAUCCACUGUCUGAGAAUUCAAGGCAUCGAUCGAUAUACACAUUGUCAUCGAGUUUGCAAUCGGAAGACUCAAAGUGGCUAAGGUUUGGUUGUCAAACUUCCUUCGUUGCACAAGGAGACGGUCUAAUGCAAAAGGAUUGUGAGGAGAAACCUGCACUUGCAGAAGCAAGUAACAUUUCCGAUCAAGAAAAUCCGAUCUGUUCCGAGGAGAAUCGAUCGAGUGAGAUGUCGAGCCUCCUGCAAGUGGAUUCAAAAGCGUUAACCACAUCGGAGGAAGAGGAGACAAAUAUGAAAAGCUUUCAAGUACCGGAAGUGAGCAGUGCGAGCACCCCAGUUAGUCCUCGUAGAAAGAUCUCGGUCUAUUAUCGUUCGUUUGACGUGGUGGCGGUGCAAGAUCAACACGAAGCUCAACCAGGAUCCAAUCUGGAGGUGAGACAAUUGCCAAGUAAUCUGGACGAGUCUCCCAUGCAAACCGACAAAACCGCAGCGAGGGAUAGAAAUAGCCUAUUCAAUGCGAAGUAUCCAUUUGGCCAUACUUAUCGCAAUAUAAAGAGCGACAGCGAUUCUUCGAGCAAUUCUACGCCACUGAAACAAUCCCAGGACAGCCCGCUGCACGAUGAACCGCCGGUACUCAGAAAGAUCCAUUUGGCGCCCACACGUUUGAAAUUUUCACAGAAAGUCAGAAACGAGUUAAAUAGAACCGAGGUUCCCAACUACGCUUCCCCAAUUACAACGAAUUCCACCGAAUCGGAUAUUUCAGAGUCCAUCCUGACUCCCCUUGAUGGAGAAUGUAAGGAAGAUGCCGCGUAUUCAUCUUCGACGUCUGCCAUAGUCAAGAACAAGAUGGAAUUCAAGAAGUCGGACGAUUUUCUUAUGAAGAAAUAUGCAGUGCCAUGUCGCUACGUAUCUUUGCAUGAUCAAACUGAUUUAGCGAAGACUGCGGAUUCAGAGGAUCCCCACUCUCAGGCGAGCGUGCAAAGAGACGACAGCGAGAGUCAGUCGCGAAUCGAACGGCCAGUCGAUAGCCAAAUGUCGAGUCGCGAAGACAGUUUAACCGGUUCGGACAGCACAUGCAUACCGGCGACGGGGUCCGAUGAUCGACGCACCGACGAGAAAGUUGAAAACGAGGUCGGCACAGCCGCCAAUGUCGUAUCAUCUACAUCGUUGAGCGAUUCAGUCUCUAGGAAGGUAGUGCCGUGCAAGACUGAGGAAGAGAACGAUGAAAAAACGAGCAAGAAACGUGUAUUGAAACCGAAGCGGUUCUUGAGUGCUAAGAGAUCGCGUUCGGAGGGCGAAAACCUUGGCCGAUCGGAGUGCCGUUGCAAACGAGUAGAUACGCCUUUGAUUUCGAGGGGGAAUCAACGCAGAGUCUUCCCGAAUCUUGUGGAUGAUCACUUGCAGGAAUCUGGGCUAAACAGUCUAUCGGAAAUUGAGACGGAAAGAAGAGAAAAUCUAAGCGAGUUCGAACUGCAGAAGAGGUACAUAGCGUUCUCGUUAUGCCUCUGCAUAGAUAGAUUGACUCUACCGCAAAGGGUAGCGAUGUCGCUUCGGCAACGCGAUCAAUCUGAGAAAAAUCUUUCCUGCGAAGUGCAGAAGAUGCAGCAGGGCAUUCAGGAACUCGCGCCACUAUGCACGGACAGGGAAUCCGCGGAGCGGGUGGAGCGGGUCAGGCAUCAGUUGGACAUGAUUGUACGAUGCGCACACAAGGUAUCAUGUGCAGCCGAAACUUUAGGUGCUGUCCAUCAGGAGCGUAGGGUUUCCCGAGCCGUUCUGCUGGCCGAUAGAUAUCUUCACGUGUUGCAAUCCCGAUGCGAGAAACUGUCCGCCAAUGUCACCGAGACGAAACGGAUCCUGGUAGAGAACAACAUAGUGGUAGAGGAGAACUCCGGCGAGCUCAACGACGAACUGCCUCGGAUGAGAUACAGGAGCGGUACACCCGCCAAUAAUCGUAUGAUGAUGGCUAGGAGAAGAGCCAGCGUGGCCACAAUGUCUCGGCCAAUGGGCAGCACACAGGAUGUGAUAAAGGAUACAGUGAGGCAACGAAAUUCCGUUUCUGGACGUAUGACUCUUAGAAGACCGUCUUUCAGCUCCGAAUCUCCCAAAUGGGAACUCGAAAAAAUGGAUCGUACAGAAAGUUCCAAUAGCAUUAGCGAAUUACGGGGUAUCUUCGAACAGGCCGAAUCUCGUCGCAGCUCAAGAGAGGAAAAUAAUAAUAUGUUGCGAUUAAGUCACUCCAAUAGUCCGAGUGGUAUGACAAACUGCGCAAUAAUCGACGAUGAGGUUUGGACGGAUACAGAGCAAGAGACUUUUUCCGAACAUUUUGUCGACGAAAAUAUUAAUUUAGAUAAUAGAUCGCGUCCAAGAUUUCCGUCACACUCUUUCGAGUUAAGAAGAAGAAAGACAUUACUAUGGUGUAUAAUACCAUUAGGUGUUGUAUUUUUCUUCCUCGGCUUUCUCGUGAAUCAGGUGAUGUCUGUAAUAAACAGUUGCAACAACAAUAACCGUCCGUUAAACAAAUGGUUGAUCGAAUACAUUUUCGGCAGAUAUUUCCAGACGAGAAACGCCGCGCCUUACCCAAUGUGAAAUGCGAUGUUCCCGCUAUAUCGGUAAAAUAAUUAGCAGGACUUGGUGUAAUAAUGUCAAAUGUAACACACUGUAACAUAUGUUAAUUAUGGAAAGGCUGAAUAAAUCGAUAAUUGCUAAGUU